AUGGCUGAUCGACAAACGAUCAUCUUUAUCAUCAUCAUGGUGAUCUUCUUCACCUUGCCUCCUGGAUCAGAACAGCCAUUGGCGUCAGAGGACAGAGAAGUUCUACAGAAGUUCAAGUCAACUCUCGUUCAUAGCCGACAGCAGGUGUUUGAUUCGCAAUACUGGCUCGGCUACGGUAAUUUGACCGGUCUCAAGCUCUCGUACCAGGAUAAUAUUGAGCACAAGAAUAUUCUGUUAUGGCCUUUUCGUUCGUACUCUCAGGAGAACCCCUGGAGAGAGCGUGAACGGGAUAGUAUUCUACCUAAUGUGUUGAGUGACAGAAUCAAGGAAAACUGGGGGAAUGAUCCGAUGAUAACUGAUAGCGAUAAGGCUUACCCACUAAAUAUUUCAUCACAGAUUUAUGGCAAUUUUGAGGUAGUGAAGUUGAAAGAAUCUUUGAAGCCUAUAUACAUGAGACUACCGAGAUAUUUGAAGGACUACUAUUUGCUUUACAAGCAAGAGAAAUACGAGGAGGAGAAGCAAAGAUACGAGCUGGACCCGGAAUCUAACUCUCCCCCGCAGGAAAUUGAUAGUGGCCGUAAAGAGAAGGCAGGCAACUUUACAGGGCUCGAUGAGGGAAAGGUCGAGCUUGAAUUUCAUUCAUUAGGAUAUAAUUUUAUGAACCCAGAACUUCAGGAUUUUGUUAAACAAACUCCUAAGUCACUCGUCGAUGAUGCUGUCAUUGUGACAAUAAACAUGAACUUGAAGGAUAUUCCUGAAACUCGAGACGAUGAGUUCAAACUAUUGGGUAUCUACUUUCAGACUACCGGUGCACUCGUCGCAUCCACAAAGUCAGCAAAGUUUCAGGGUGGGCAUGCACUUCCACACUUCACUAUGAAUGAGAAGAACUUUAACGUAUCGAAGAUAUUGAUGAGCCAGAUCUUCAAUGUGACGGACAUCGAGCAGGAAGUCUCAAUUGAUGAUAUGAAUAAUGCAAUCGAAAGAUCCCAAGACCAUUGCGAGUACAUUUCGUAUUUCCAACUAGACAGAACCGAGUACACCAGAGAUCAACUCAGAGCCAUUGAUGAUGAAUUAGCCUUGCCUCAAGGUGCUCCGAUACCGAAGAGAUUACCUAAUGUGGAGGUUUCCCAUGCAUAUAUCUAUUCGCCAGAUUGUGGAGUGCUACUAGAGAAUCAAAAAGCUGACACUCUUGGUGGCAUACGCAUAGAGAUUUCUAAAGCUAGAGUUCGACAAAUGGCAAUUGGUGUUUUAAUAUUGGCAGCAGUAGAGCUCAAUCUCCUAUUGAGGCAAAUGAAACGUUGCAGAAGUCCUGGUCAACUUUCGAACGUGUCCUCCGUAACUGUUUCCAUGUUAGGCUUCUGGAUGCUGGUAACAAUCGUUUACUUUUUGUUGAGAUCUUUGCAACAGAGUGAACUUUACUUGAUAUUGACAUGCGUUUCAGUGCUUGCAUCUCUACUUUGUCUAAACCAAAUGAGACUAUUGGUGAGUGUAUUCACUGCUCAGGAAAAUGAGAGAGGAUCCAACUGGUGGGAAAUCUUACGUGGGUCUCAGACAAAUUCGGGGACAGCUGCAGCGAACGACCGAACUCCACAGGCCGAGGUAGCACCAAACGUUACUGUCGUAGGCACGACACCUCCUCCCACAACACAGACUGCAAACACAGUUCAGCAGCUUUCAGAUGAAGCUCGUUACCCGAAUAUGAUUUUCUUUAUUGGUUUCACUCUAACAUGCAUAGCUAUGAUGAUGUUAUCCGGUAUCAUCACAUGGAGAAUCACAUACAGAAGAGCAGCUGAGUACGUGAUACUUCUUUUCAUGAAUUCGUACUGGAUCCCACAAUUUUUCCGCAGUACGCUAAAGAACAGAGUACGUGUGUUUCUGUGGGAGUAUGCCAUUGGCACAUCGCUUGUACGCUACAUACCCGUUUUGUACUUGUGUCUCGACCACAACAACGCAGUUCGCCAUCAUCAUGAUCCUGUGAUGGCUACAGUUGUGUUUUGCUGGCUCUUCACACAGCUUUUCUUCUUGUAUUUGCAAGACUGUUUGGGCGCAAGAUUUUGGGUUAAAGAAAACUGGUUACCAGAGCAGUAUAACUAUCACCCGAUCAUAAGCAUCAAAGAUUUGGAGAGUGGGUUCUCUCUGGAUAUAUUGGCUAAUAUGAGGCCUCAGUCAGCGGACAAGGACAUGGCUAUUUGCGAUAUAGACUGUGCAAUCUGUAUGUCCACACUACAAGUGCCGGUGCUGUCCGGAGAGUUAACAGGCGCUUUGAAAAAAGAUAUUGACGGUAUGAUGAAGGAGGUGAUGGUCACGCCAUGCCGUCACAUAUUCCAUGUUAAGUGUCUAGAGGACUGGAUGGUGUACAAGCUCCAGUGCCCGGUGUGCCGUUCUGCGUUGCCACCUGUCUAA